CUGCCUCUUCUCAACCCCUCACAAUGGCUUCUUCAAACGCCGUCUCAUACAUUCACCCAAUGUACAGGCUCUUCUUCCAAAAAAUAGAGCCCGCCAUCACACUCUGGACCGGCUACGUCAACCUCCGCAACCGCGCCCUCAGCGGAUCUCUGCUCUUCAACAAGAUCAGCAGCGAACAAGACUAUUACCUCUUUCGAGACCAGUUCGUCCUCGAGCAGGUGCUGAGUCUCAUGGUGGCACUGAUGGCCAUGGCCGCGAUAGUCAUGUAUUACGCAGACGACAUUCGGCUCUGGCGCAGAUGCCAAAUGGUGCUUUUGGUGUGGAACUUUGCGUGCUUGAAGGGGACUUCUGAUGGGACGGUGGAGUGCAUUUACUGCGUGGAGCUGUGUACGGUGUUGAUCAUUAUACGGCUGAUGUUUUUGUUUAAUGUUGGGAAUCGGGCGCGAGGGUGGUAUGUCGAGAAUGGCGUUUUGAAAAAGAUGUAGAUUAGAAGUAGUGGGUG